AGACUUAUGAAAUAUUAAAGUAACUUGAACUUGGCAUAAAAUAUUAAAUUAACUUUGCCUUGGCUACAAACCGUUUGUUUGACAACAGAGAAGGAUAAUCAACUUAAAAAACCCUCAGACUGAUGGAGAACCGGAACAAACACCUGGAGAAAGUACACGUUGUUCUUGGAAGUAAAUCCUGUGAUUUGGACUCUCUUAUUUCUGCUGUGGCCUAUGCCUACUUUUUAGACAAGGUCAGUCCUCCUGAUGUUCUUUGCUUACCGGUCCUAAAUAUACCAAGAAGAGACUUCAGCUACUUCACAGAGACAAGGUUUAUAUUGGAGGAGCUAAAUAUCCCAGAGUCAUUCCAUAUCUUCCGAGAUGAAAUCAAUUUACAUCAGCUGAAUGCUGAAGGGAAGUUGUCGUUAACACUUACAAACAGCAACAUGCUGACAAGUGAGGAUAAAAGUUUGGAAUCAGCUGUUGUCAAAGUCAUCAAUCCAGAUGAGCAAUGUGAUGGCAGCCUGGAGUUACAAGCGUCUUCUUCCUCUUUAGUAGUAAAAGAGAUUCUUCAAGAAGCACCAGAGUUAAUCACUCAGCAACUGGCUUAUCUCCUCAGAGGAAGCAUUCUCUUCAAGUGCAUGUCUUCGGAGGCUGACAGAAUUACAGAGCAGCAGGAGAAAGUGCUGUCAGUUCUAGAGGAAAAGUUUCCAGACCUUCCCCCACGAGAGGAAAUCAUCUCUGUUCUCCAGGACACUCAGUUUAACCCCCAAGGUGUAAGCAUCGAGGAAGUUAUGCUGAAAGAUCUCAAGGAGAUUUCAGAUGGAGAAAUCAAGAUAGCAAUUAGCACUGUGCACAUGACAUUAGAGGACUGCGUGUUACACAGGAACCUCAUUGGUGAUCUGAAAGCAUUCAUAUAUAAAUAUGGCUUUGAUGUACUUGUCAUUUUGGCCAACCCUUUGCCAGAAGAGGAGCAAACAAAACAGCAAAUAGCAGUAUACUCGGAAAACUUAGAGCUAGGCAGUCAAAUUUGCUGCGAAUUAGAAGAGUGUCAAAAUCCUUGCUUGGAGCUGGAUCCACUGGAGUGUGAAUGUGACCAAAUUCUUAUUUAUCUUCAAGAAAAUUCUUUGGUGACCUGUGAUCAAAUUUUUCUUCUCAUUAAGGAAGUCAUGAAUAGAAGACAACCGGAAAUGGUAUCAAACAGUAGAACGUCUUCUACUGAAGCUGUUGCUGGGAGUGCACCACUUUCUCAAGGGUCUUCUGGUAUUAUGGAGUUAUAUGGCUCUGAUGUAGAACCGCAGCCCAGUUCUGUCAACUUUAUAGAAAAUCCUCAGGAUUUAAAUGGAUCCAUUCAAGCCCACGCUGAUCUUAAUGUAGACCUUGUGAGUCCAGACAGUGGCUUGGCUACCAUUAGAAGCAGCCGGUCUUCCAAAGAGAGCUCUGUUUUCCUUAGUGAUGACAGCCCUGUUGCAGAAGGUGCUGUUUCCCAUCAUAGUCUUCUGCCCGGCUUUGAUUCCUACAGCCCUAUUCCUGAAGGAGCAAUAGCAGAAGAACAAAAACCUCAAUCUAGAGAUAGCAGUGGUAACUUUGACCUUUUUAAUUUUGAUCUAGCACCAGUGGCUACAGCUCCAUCUGAAUCAUCUUCUCGUUCUGUUGACUGUUCUCCAGCAGAUGACUAUUUCCUUAAUAGUGAUUCAUCUGAAGGGCAACAACUUGCUGUGCAGAAAGAACAUGAUGAAGCAAACUUGCUAGAAAGUGAUUCAGCAAAUUAUUCAACUGACUUAGUUAUGACAGCAAAGAAGGAAGACGGUUUAGCUGAGUUUGAUGUGAAUACAGGAGAAAUGUUUGAGAAAACUUCAAGUUUGAUUAAUCUAGUUGAGGGUGAUACUUCCUCACCAGAAGUGUUGAAAUCUGCUGAUUCAAGAAUUCCACCAACUCCAAUGAACAGUCUUGUAGAAACUUCACCACUAGAUAAUGGGCAGCCUUUAUUUUUCCCACAAGAAGUCAUUAAAAAAAUAAAUGAAAUAGAUGACACAAAAUGUUCUCAGUCGCGUGUUAGAUAUGGAAGCUGGUGGGAUGGAUUUGACUUAGAGUCCCGAAAUGCUGAUACAUGGAGUUCAAGUGAACAGGAAUCUGUAUUUCAAAGCCCUGUCUUAUGGAACAAUUGUAAAACAAGCCCAUUGCUACGAGAACAUAUUGAUAGAAGAGCAUCAGAUUCUAUAUUCCUCCAAAAACAGCCUGAGCAAAUGGAAUACACAAGACCAGGUCUGUGGGAUAAUCAGUUUAAACAAGAUAAUCAGAAACAAGAGAAAAAAGAAGAAAACGGUGAACAUUUGUGUUUGCAAACUGCUUCUUUAGAGGAGGCAGAACAAGAACCAGAGAGUUCUACUGAUGCAUGGAAGAUCAGUCAGCCAGCACCUGUGAUGUCAGAUGCAUGGUGCUGUGGUGAAGGGAAGGGAGACUCUUAUGAUGUCUGGAUUAAACUUGAGGCAGAAAAUAUUGCUAGAUCCUCCAAAAAUGUGUGGAAUGUGCCCAGACUGGAUAAACAAAAAAUACCAGUGAAUGUUCCUGAGAAAUGGACCAUAACAAAACGCAGUUUAUCAGAUUCUUCAGAAUUUGUAGCAGACAAUGAGACUGAAAACCCGCCUACCCAGGUAUCUCCAGAAGCCUGGGAUAAAAAAAGAUGUUAUUCACUAGAAGAAUGUGGAUCAUCUGAAAACACAAAUUCUGAUAUCAACAAUAUGAAGAAUAACUCCACAUCGGAAACAGAGAAAAAAACUCUAUUUGACGACCCUAAGAACAGACUGACACAAUUUGAAAAUAUGGAGACCUGGAAUCUGUAUGGUAAAAACAUCAGGCAAGAAGUAACAGAAAUAGUGGUGCCCUGGGAUCAUAUCUUCUUGUAUAAACCUUCAGAUCUUAGCUCAUCAAAUAUAGGUGAAGACUUAGUUGUUUCUCCACUAGACACCAAUUACUCAACAUCUGAUUCUUAUAUAUCACCUACAUAUGUGGAAGAUGGAAGAGAAAAUGAGGACGAAGAUUUUGUCCAAGAAACAAUUACUGAUAAAUUGAUAAGCCCAAAUUUGGCUGAACCAAAAGCACUUGAGAAAGCAAAUAAUAAACCAUUAUCUCCUAAAAACAUGCCUUUUUCAAGACCCAAAGACUCAGACAUCUGGAGCACACCCUUAAAUAGUAGUGAUGCACAAUUACGAGAAAGAAAUUCUCACAGCACUGCUCUUUCUACCUCUGCUAAACUGUUACUUAAUUCAGAACGAGCUACAGAUCAGUAUUUUUCAACUGAGUUAUAUACCAAUGAAAAUACCUUUUCUUUAUCUGAAAACAGAAGAGUUACACCAGUAUACGAUCAAACAGUGAAUGACUUAUCACCACCACAGAAUGAAGUAAAUAGUGGACAAAGUUUAGCUGAAAAUAUAGGAACAGUGAGCAAUGCUCCUAUAGAAGACACAGACACAUCUACACCAACUUCAGAUGCUGGAAAUAGUUUGGAUCUGAAUUUAUAUGAUUUAGGAAGUGAGACACUGAGUGAGGAGGCAGCACAAAACACUCCAGAUGUUGAUGAAAAGCUGAGUAGUCAGCAUUUAGAGCAACAUCUUAAUUCAUGGAAUUUACGAACUGAGCAGGGUUGUGAGGAAGGCUGGGACAAUGCCAUUGUCGUCUCUCAGGAAGGAGAAGAGGAAUAUAAGAUAACAGAUGAGACAAAUGGAAAACAAACUAUUACUGACACUUGCAACAAACUAGCAGAAGACAGCAAUGAGCUUUUAUGUAACACAAAUUCAGAAGAUAACAGGUCGAAAUCUGAGUUUUCUAGAUCCCUGGAAAAAAUGAGGAAUUGUUUUAGUUUGGAAGCCUUAGUCACAGAUAAUGAGCCAUUUUCCAAACAGAGUAAUCUAGUCAGUCAGGAGGAGAGGAAAGAAUUGUCAGAGAAUGAUGCCGAGUCUUCUUCAAGUGCUUCUGAGGAAGACAGAAAUUGUGAAUCUCUUGAUGACUCCAGACCACAAAGUUACAGUUACAGUGAAACAUCACAGCUGCUUGCUGAGAAAGCUGAAAAGGAAACUACAGUGAUAGAGGAUGCAAGAAGUCCUGAGAUGGAAAGUAUCUUUGAAAAUAGUUCUUCUAAAAUGCCUGUAAACUCAGAUGUCUGGAAUAAUUCUGGAAAGAAUGACUCCAGUUGUCACUUAUCUGUGUCAAUUCCUCUGAUGAAUGAACCACCAGAGACACUGGGAGAAGUAAUAGAGGGCUCAGAUAAAGUGAUUCCUAACCAUCCACACAUCAGUAAUUCUGAGUUACUAUCUUCUGAAAAUAGCUCAGAACUAAGCAGCACUCAUGAAAAGUUUUUCAUAGAUGAGUCUCCACAGACUAAGCUUAAGAAGAGUCCUUCUGCUGGUUAUGUCAGUGUUCCUGACAUCACAGAUAUGUCUAUGAUAGCUAAUUCAUUUUUACAUUAUAUAACUUCAGGGAGAAAUGAAAAUUCUGAAAAUUUAGAAUCUCCUGAUAAACUUUGCAGAGAACUAUGUGUAAAACGUAAUAACAGUUUUCCUGAGACUGCUUGGAAUUUACAGCAACAUGAGGAUUUGAAAUCUCCGGGAGCAAGUCCUGAAGCAAGUGAAGUCCAUGAAAUGGCAACCACCACAAGCAGUUUUUCAAAGGAUAUACAGAUCAGAAGUUAUUUGGAAGGAGAUAAUGUGUGGAGUGAUUCAAUAAAUGAUUAUACACACUCAAGUGGAACAAGCCCUGAUUUAAGUGAUGCAUCAGUGAAUGUGUGGGGAGACCUUCCAGUUGAUAGUAAUCACAAAGAAGGUAGAGCUAUGUGGGAUAUUAAAAAUGAUAAAAAUCUUAAGGAGGCUUGCAAAAUAAAAGAAUUUGGGAAUAAAUACCAAGAACGAUUUGAAACAAGCCCAGAACAGAAUAAGGUUCUUAAAAGCUUAGAUUUUUGGAAUGCUCAUGUAGAUGAUGAUACUGUAUCUUCUUUAUCAAGUCCUGAAGUAAAUGAGGAUUCAGAGAAUUCAGAGGCAUGUCCAGAAGAACUGAAUGAAGAUUCCACAUAUGAAAACAAAGUGCACAAAUUAUCUGAAGUUGGAGCAGAUUAUGCAAAAUCCAAUGCAACAAGUCCUGAAACAAAUGAAGACAAUUUGGAUGCAAAAAAUGACGUGGCAGAAGAGAUCUGUGUAGAUAUCUUAAAUGAAUAUCCUGAAACAAUUAAAGCUCAGAAUGUAUCACAGGAGGACUUUACCAUAAUGGAGCAUAAUGAGACUUCAGAACAUUUAGAUCAGUGGGAAGCACUUCAGAAUAAGGCUCAAGUGAGUCUUCGCAGUGAAAAAAUGGGUAGCACAGAAGAUUCAUAUUUGUGUCAAAUGAAUGAAGAUGCAACAGUGACUUCUGUUGGUGGUCAUAAAGAAGAGUACUCUGCAGGAAGUGGUAUGUGGAGUUUGUCAUUGCAAGCUGAUUUAGGAACUGAUCAGAAAUCCAAUGUAGGAACAUUUGAUUUUCCAUAUGGCAGUUCAGGAUGGUGGAAUCCACAAACAUGUGAAGAAAACCUGAUGGAAGAUGAGUAUUCUAUUUCAAGUCACUCUGUAACAAAUCAGGUAACAAACAAUAAGGAGAAGUCCUGUGGAUCACCUGCACAAAGUGAAGAACUAACAGAAGCACAUUCCACUGAGCCAAAUAAUGAUGGAAGUCAGCCUCUCCACCUGUACUAUGAUGCAGAAGAAAAUGAAAAGCUAUUAUAUCCUAUGAAUAUUUCUGAUAGUCAAAUAAAUGAAGACACUUUGGAGUUCAAACAAUAUGAUCCUUCAGUACUAGAUAAAGAAGAGAGGGGCUUGAAAGAGCAGUUUUUCCCUAUGAGUGAGAGUAAUCAACUGACAUCACAGAAUCCUUUUUCAGAUGAUCAACAAGAUAUGUCAAAUACAGCAGAUCAAAAAAACACAGUACUUGAUCUACCAGAAGGGCAUGAGGGAAAUGCAAGUCUCAUCCUUCAAGAACAACAGCUAGACACAUGUGAAACAUUAGAAGUGCACAACCAUCUGCCAGGUGCUUUCACUGUAGAAGACUUAUCUUUUGAAAUGACUGAGAAGUCAAGUCCAAUGUGGAAUAUAUUGAUUCCCCAAACUGCAGUUAUCCCAGAUAUUUUACAAGAUAACACAAAAGAAAGUAAUCAUUUAUUUUCAGUGGAACCUGACCUGUGGACUAGUGCUGAAGAGUUUGUCACUUUGAAAUCAGUUAGUGAAAAUCCUUAUAUAUUAAAUCAUUGUGAGCAAGACAAUAGUUCUGAGGCAUCAUACAGUCCAGAUGUGUGCCAAGAGUAUGAAGUUAAGCAUGCUUCUAUCCCAUCUUCUCAGAUUAGUGUGGAACCUGAAGGACGAGAUAGUCAGAUGACUCACAGACAGUCAAAUAUGAGUAAAGAGACAGAUUCUGAUACAAAAAGGCAGUUAAUAAUGCAGAAGAUAGAGGCAGAAUCUGAAAGUAAUAGUCUCCAAGACUAUGAUCAGGGAAAGGCUGAUGAAUCCUAUCAGCUUAUCUCUUCUAAUUCUCCAGAGCCUCUUGAAUUUGCGAUUUUGGAAUGUGGUCUAGAAAAUAAACCUGUUCUCAAGACAGCAGAAUCUGUCAAAGUCCUCAGUGAAGUUUUUGGAGUGGCAUCAUUAGAUCUGAAAGACUCAUUCCAUGAAAGUUAUACUCCUGCAAGUUAUCAAGGAACACCAACAGAUUCAUCUCCAAUAGUGACCUUCCAAACAGAUUUGGUUCCCAUGAAUUUAACUCUACCUGAUAGAGCAGAGCAAAAUUUGAAAGAAAUUAGUGCCUUGGCUGAAGCUGGAAAAUAUUCUGAUACUGGCCAUGGAACAAUAACUGGUGAUGAGCUAGACACACCAGGAGAGUGUUUGGAUGAAUCUGAGAAGGGUUUGGAAUGUAACAUCUGUAACACAUCAGUCACUAGUAGCCCAGUGAGCACAUGUGGUGAAAUUAAUAUACUGGAAAUAGUGGGCAGUGAAGCAGCAGAAAGGGAAUCAAACAAUACACAGAUAUUCUUUCCCAAAUCCUUUCUUCCUGGUGAUAAUGAAGGCUAUGAAUCUAAUUCAAGUGAUCAACUGAACAUGAUGAAAGAAUAUGAAGACAUAAUUGAGAAAGAUGUUCCUGUGUUUAAGGAAAUGCCCAGUGACCAGUCACCAGUGAUGUAUACUCCACCAUUCCAUGUGUCUUUUGAUGCUGAACCCUCUAGCAGCACAUGUACAAUGGAUGAACUCUUGUUAAAGCAGCCAUUUCGUAACAGUGUUUCUUUGGAAAAGCAUUUACCACUGCUAACUCCUUUGGAAGUUGAUGAAGGCAUCCUAAUGACCGAAGAAAAGAGCAUCGAAGAUCGGGGGUCUGACACUUCACCAGACAUCCUUCAGAAGAAUCACGUGUCAGUACCUUUGCUCUUAGAGUCUCAAGUAGCUCUAGAAAUUUCUGAAGUUUUGAAAGAGAAAUCUGAAGCAGAAGCAACUGAUCUCGACUCACCGCCAGGUGGAGAUAAAAGAUCACCUGCUGAAGCUGGCACUACUUCCCUGCUUAGAAGGGAGAAUAAGCCAAGAAAUUCUUCUGAGAGCCCUGAACUGGAAAGUACAGAGAGUAAGGAGGAUAUGAGGAUGCAGGUGCAUAGAGAUCCGACUUUGGUGGAAAUGGAUUACUUCCUUGUUACCGAGGAAGAAAAUAUACCUUCAGCAAGGGAAAGUGAUUUUGUGUUUCAGGAGGCUGAUGUACCUGAACAAACAGAAUCUAAUGAAGGCUUUUCACCAGGCUCAUUGGAUACCUUUCAGUCAAUCUCCAUAAUAAACGAAAGGGAAGACCAGUCUUCUUGUGGGGCUGAAUGGGACUUAGAUGAGAAAAACUCUUCUGUUGUGCCUCAAAAACUGGAAGAUGAAAGGGAAUCGGAAGAAAGAUUUGGGCAAGAUGAGGGUUGGAUUAUAUUGGGCCAAAAUGAAGUCAGUGAUGUAUCAUCCGUGGAAAUUUCUGCUGAGUCAGAGGUGCCAAAAUUUGAGUCUGGACAUCCUGGCAAAGUACCAGAAACCGCUGUAAUGCAGCAAUUGACUGUUGACACUCAGGCAGAAUUUCAGGUGGAUGAUGGUAAUGGUGCAUGGGAAACAAAUUCUCAACAGAAGCUUGGGAAUAACACAGCAAAAGAACAAGAACUGAAAGAAGAGGCAGUGCUUCUCAGCAGUGAAAGAAAACUGAGUGAGAAAUCAGGGUUGAUACAAGAUAAUGUGGGAAUGGAUAUCCCCUUUGCUGAGGGUGUAUUAAGCCCCAGUUCUGCAGAGAUGAGGCCUGAACCUCCCAAUUCUCUUGAUCUUAAUGGUACCCAUCGCAGAAGGAUAAAGCUCACUGCUCCAAAUAUCAACCUUUCUUUGGAUGAGAGUGAAGGUUCUAUACUUUCUGAUGAUAAUUUGGAUACACCAGAUGAAAUCGACAUCAACGUAGAUGACCUUGACACUCCUGAUGAAGCAGACUCUUUUGAAUACACUCGACAAGAAGAGCGGAAUGCUGCUAAGGAUGCUUCCCAAGAGGAGUCUGAAUCAAUUCCAGAGUACACUGCUGAGGAGGAGCGAGAAGACAACAGGUUAUGGAGAACAGUGGUUAUAGGGGAACAAGAACAAAGAAUUGAUAUGAAAGUCAUUGAACCUUACAAAAAGGUUAUUUCGCAUGGAGGGUACUAUGGUGAUGGUCUGAAUGCUAUCAUUGUGUUUGCUGCAUGCUUCUUGCCAGACAGCAGCCGAACUGAUUACAACUAUGUCAUGGAAAAUCUUUUCCUGUAUGUAAUCAGUACCUUAGAGCUGAUGGUAGCUGAAGACUAUAUGAUUGUAUACUUGAACGGAGCUACACCAAGAAGGAGGAUGCCUGGACUGGGUUGGAUGAAAAAGUGUUACCAGAUGAUUGAUCGUCGAUUAAGGAAGAAUUUGAAAUCGUUCAUAAUUGUCCAUCCAUCAUGGUUUAUCAGGACAAUUCUGGCUGUGACACGACCUUUUAUAAGCUCUAAGUUCAGCAGUAAGAUACAGUAUGUCAACACAUUGGCAGAGCUUCGUGAGAUGAUUCCAAUGGAAUAUGUGCACAUACCAGACAGUAUUGUCAAAACUAGCUGCCUCUCAAAUGAUCCAGAAAUGACUUCAGUGGAGCAGGAGCUUGACAUGGCCCUGAAAUAAAAAGCAUCACUGGCAGAUGUUUGAAGAAGAGGACUUUCAUCAUUCAGACAACCGUGAUCAUGUUGUACAAUAGGCAAUUUGAUUCAUUUUGUUUGUGGUAUAAUUUUUCGGUGCCAUUUAGCAAUCCAAGAAGACCAAACAGGCCCAUCUUGUUGCCACGGAAACAAGAGAAAUUAGGACCUGGCUAUUUUUUUAUUUUCAGAAAUAGAGUUUUUGUUAGAAAAGCUGUAAUACCUAGCAUUGGUUUCUGUAAGUGUAUGCAAAUUCCGUUUAAGAUUAUACGAUUUUGCAAACAGUAUGCCUCAUGAAUGAGUCAAUGAGGAUUCAGAUUUUUAUUUAAUUUUUGUCUUCAGCAUAGAACUGUUUCUGCAUAACAGAACAAAAUAGAUAUUAUUACAAUAAAUAUUAGUGUAGUUGUUUCACACAGCAGCAGCAACCUUACUGUUCAGAAGUAUUUCUAGAAAUGAUGCAGGACUUCAGUGAAUGUGUUUUUUUCUUGCUGCAUGAAAAGUUCUUCCAUGUUCUUUUAAACCUAAUGACUUUUUAUUUGGCCACAGGAAAGCCUGAUACGCUAAAAAAUAAGUGAUAGAAGAUACUUCCCGGAUCAAAAAGUUACUAAUAAAAAUUAGUUUUAAUAAUUUAGUUCAGUGUCAUUAUUUUAAGGAUAGGUUUUACAGAAGCAGUGAAUCCUUUAAAAGUUUAUCAAAUAAUCUAAAAUCCUUGAAACAUUAUUUUAUUAUUGUUGUUUUUUAAAGCCUGUUUUUCCAGAACGUUUUUAAGUAGUGAGUCUCCAAAUGGCAUCCUGACUGAAAUCACAAAGCUGUUAAUGCUAUGAAUACAGAACAAUUACUUAGUACUUCUCACAAUCAUUUGUUAGGAAGAGAUGUCAAAAUAUUAUUUGAAGUGUAUCUAGUACCAAAAUAUGUAUUGCAAUGCCAUUUGUUGUCUGUAACACCAGUAUAAACAUGAAAAAGAAAAAGACCCAAGCAUUUCAUCUUUUGCUGCUGUCCUGCAUACUGAUAUUAAAUAAAUACACUGCAUUAAGUUCUGACAUUCAAAUGGAAAGCAACUGCAGUGUCUCAGACUAUUCUUCUGCAAGAGUACAAACCGAUACUUGAGACUGCUUGUCUGCUUUUAAGUCAAGAGUCAAGAGUGUGACUGAUGCUUUCUUGUUCCCAAAUGGACAUAUGCAUGCACUUGCCAAACCUCCUAACUCAAUUUCCUUUUGAGAUUAAAAGUAGUUGUUUAUAAUAAGACUUUUUAUAUGGGCAGAUAGUGAUAGGAUAUAGGGGAAUAGUUCUAAACUAGAAGAGUGGACAUAUAGGUUAGAUGUUAGGUGGAAAUUUUUUCCUCAGAGAAUGGUGAGGUGCUGGCACAGGCUGCCCAGAGAAGCUGUGGAUGCCCCAUCCCUGGAGGUGCUCAAGGUGAGGCUGGAUGGGGCCCUGGGCAGCCUGAUCUGGUGGGUGUCAGCCCUGCCCACAGGAGGGAGUUGGAACUGAAUGAUCUUUAAGAUCCCUUCCAUUCUAUGACUGUAUGUUCUAAUGGAAGUAGCAGAAUUAUGUACUCCUGAGAUACUAUUCUCAUCUUCAAGAGAUAUUAAUGUGCCCAAGAAUUAUAUCUUCUAUUUGCGAAAAGGUAGUCUGCAGGGAAGGGAGCAGGCAUCCAUCGUUGUGUCUAGAGUUGUUCAGCUGUUGUAACAGGGACUAAAUUGUCAAAAAGGCCGGAAGUUGCCAAGUGCUUACUUAUCUGCCAGCAACUAAACUGAAGUAUCUGUGCAUCUACAGUCCUUCUCAGUACUGACAGGCCACCGCCUGUACAUCAUGUUCUGUCAUUCUAGGUAGCCUGUUUUAUCACUUCCUUCUGUCAGUUCCCUCUUAACUUUCACAUUUAAGGAAGGGGCAGAUCCUGCUGACUGUUGUUGCUGCUCUAUAUCCUGAUCUUAUCAUCUUUAGGAUCUGAUAGGUUUCACAGUUUCUCAGAUAUUUGAAUCUUGGCUUGUGUCUGCCUUAUAAGUGCUGUCACUUAGAAUAUUGGGGAUAAUGCUUUAUGUACAAAUUAAUAUUUGUAUUACCUUCCAGAUGCUAAUUAAGCUUGAUCUAGAUCUGAAAAGCAUUUUAUAGCUUGAAGACACAUCUUCUGUAAACUUGUAGUUCAAGCAGUUGACUUGUAUUAGGCUGUAGAUGAGAGAAGUGCUUCUCUUUGCCAGAAGAGAAUUCACCACAAAGCAGAGGUUCAGCACAAAUCUUCAUGUCUUUGACACAUAAAAGACAUGUGGGAGGUUACACCCCAUUUUAUGGUGGAUGUCAACUCAGAGGUGAAUUUCAAUCUAAAGGCUUUGUGUAAAAUCACUAAACAGCAAAGUUAUGUGUGAAUUAAUUUGAUUAACGGUGGUAGACUAAUAAUGACAACCUGAGGUGGUAGAAUUUUGUUUAGGCCAAAUGUCAAAUUAUCAAUGUGAUGGUGCAUAAAUGAUUGCAAGAAUGAGAUGUGGUUAUCUCUGCUCAUUAAUAUAUUUUAAAAAGUUUUUUUUUAAUGUUACAAUAUGGCAAUUAUAUAUUAACAAUAAUAUAACAAUAUUAAUAAAUUGGUAGUUUGUUGAAAAAGAAAUAUAGUACAUGUAAUUGCACAGAUAUAAUCUUUUAUAUACAGAUUUUUUCUACUGUGUAUGAGAGUGCUCACAUCAAGUAUAAAUUAAUAGUUGCAACUUUCUUCUUUUUUGGUUAAAAGACCUAUGCUGUCUUCAAUUAUAGAUUAAGCAAUACAAGGAUAUCUGAUAUCAUUGUAUGCAUAUAUUUAUGUGAAUCAAAAAUAAAGAAAUGCAAUCUGCCACUGGAA